GCUCUGAUCGACUGUGGAUGUCUUAUUAUGACCUAUGUAAAACGAAUAUGAAUAACAUGGAUAAGAUUUCUUAUUCCAUAGCUGUUAAGAGCAGCAAGGAACUGAGUGAAAAGCAAGAAAAAGAACUAAAGCAUUAUUUUUCUUUGAGGAAAAAGUCUAAUGGAGGAGAAUGUGAAGUGAACAAGCUGGGCCCUUCCUUGUACAGAGUCAGCUAUCAGAAGAAGGAAGUGAAGGAGAGAGUGCUAAAUCAUAAAGACCACAGAAUAGAGUCUGAGGGAGAGUUAAUACAAUUUACUGUUCAGGAAGAGGAAGAAAAUGACCAGACAAAUGUGCAUUCCCAAGAAAUGUCUGGUAAUGUUGGGAGUCUAACGGAAUCGUCUAGACCUUCAGAAAACACAGAACUGAAAGAGAUGAAAUCGUUUAUUCUAUUGGACAGUAAUUUUCAGUAUAAAGUAGCGAAAGAUAAAAUUGAUGCCUUAUGUCAGUAUUUUCCAUCGUUAAAAGUUUGCUGUGAGAACAGGGAACUAAUACUGUCUGGUAAUUUAUCAGACAUAAGAUCUGCACGUGAGGAGAUCAAGAAUAUACUGCAUUUAGUUAAAGUUCGAAAAAUUCAAGUUUCAAAAGCCAUAACAGAUUUCCUUAUCUUCAGGGAUAGUAAGGAGAUGUCUGAAAAGUUAUUUGGUGACUUAUCUGAAGGCAUGGUGAUUUUGGAUAUUCCCAGAGGAUUUUUUCUCUAUGCUUUUUCUAUAAAUCUUCUUGACGAUGCUGAAGUGGUCUUGCAAAAACGUCUUCUGCAUGGUAGUAUCAACAUUAAGGUAAAUGAGAAAGACAUUGUCUCAUCAGAACCUUGGAAAUCGCUGUGGGAUAAGUUGAUAGGUAAUGCAGAUAUCAAAAUGUCUUUUCACAGCAAUGAGGACAAUGGGAAUCUCAUUUUGUCCAUUGUGGGUUUUACUGAAGAAGUGAAAAAAGCUUUGAAGGAAUGUGAAGAUCUUUUACAUUGCAGAAAAAUUGUUAACAAGGACAUUUACUUGGACCCUCACGCAGGUAUUUUGAUAGAAAACCGAAAGGAAUUGCUUGAAUGGUUUAAUCUUGGGCAGUUAUCAGCUGCUGUACAGAUUUCAAGGACCAAAGAUCAAACUAUGACUUUAACUGGAACACACGAGGAGGUGGAAAAAUCUAAAUUUGUACUCCAAAAGCUAAUGCAGAAACAUGUUGAUAGUUUUUGUAUUAAUAAGUACGGGGCAACACAUUAUUUUAAUAACCAAGGAAAAACACUGUUAGAUGAUGUACAAAAGAAAUAUGACUGCCGCGUCUUCAUUCGUGACUCUGAAAACAAAAAGAACAAUGCAGAAGUUAUAGAAAAAACUAAAGAUGGAUCUGCAAACCUGGUGGACAAAGGCUUCAAUAAAAAAGAAGUGAAAAGAGAGGAUUCAAGAGAUAAGGGGACUCACAAGGAUAGAGCUAGUAGUAGUAACCAGAAAACAGAGAAUCCGUUAAAAAAAACAACACCUACACUCCAGCUUGUGCUGAGCUUUGGAAACCUUGAAAAUAAAAAGGCAAAUGCAAUUGUUGCUCCUCUGCUUUCAAACAAUCCAGUUCUUGAAGCUAUGAAUGUAACAAAAGGGCUAAAGAAGAAAGCAGGAGAUAGAUUUUCAAACCUUUUCUCUGCAGUUUUUGGAUGCCAUAAUAGUCUACAAAGUGGACAACACUUUCCGAUGGCAGUGAUUGGAGAAACCAGCUACUCGCUGAUCUGUGAAUAUGUCAUUUUUAUUGCAUGCCAGCCAUGGGAUGGACCCGAUGGCUCAUCCGUUAAGGCUCUGAUAAAAGGACUUUCUGCUACUCUCAAUUUCUGUCAGGUUAAGAAUUUGCAUUCUGUGGCUAUGUCUGUUAUAGGACCUGGAGCAAAACUAUGUUUUCCCCCUGAAGCAGCAGCACACAUAAUUGGAGAGGUAGUGAAAUCCUUUGUGGAAAAAGAACCAAACACAUGUGUGAAGAGAAUAGAGUUUGUGAUUCCCACAGAAAAUGAAAAUCUUUACUAUGUCUGUAGAGAAAAGCUGCUGGAAAUGAAUUUAGGUGACCAAAUUCAGCUGUGUAAUAACGAUGGGGAUACUUUCCCAAAAUUAUCUAAGGGUGAACAGACUGAAGCGAAAAUUGGAGAUUUGUCUGUAGUUGUGACUUACACUGAUAUAACAAAGGAAUCUACGGAUGUCAUUGUAAACUCCACCAACUUCAGUUAUUGGGACAAAGAUACUGUGGCUCAUGCUAUUUUUUCAGCAGCUGGAGCAAAUAUUAUAAGAGCAGCUCAGCAUGGUGCCUCUAGAGAAAAAGUGGUUAUGACAGAAGCUGGAUCUGGGGAUCUAAAAUGUAAAUACAUCAUGCACUGUAAUUGUAAGCAAGAUUUGGUCAACAUUUAUGCCCUUGUGCAGGAAAUUUUACUUAAGUGUGAAAAUGUGGGUCUACAUUCUGUGGCCAUUCCAGCCAUUGGCACAGGUGCAUGUAAACUAGACCCAGGGAUUGUGGCCCAUCAUAUGAUGGAUUGUAUAUUAACACUUACCAGGACUAGAAACCUUACUAGUUUGUCCUCAGUUCAUCUGGUGACAUUUCAUCCCUCCAUUUACUACAUUUUUUGUGCGGAGCUGAAAAAGUUGUCCAGUCCCGUACAGGAAUUAUUUUGGAAUCCAUUGGACUUGCUGACUUCACGAUUAAAGUAUCAUUGGCUUCCAGAAAAUGAAGGAAUUAAAGACCUUCCUGCUCUACGGCAGCCACUUCUGCCUCCAACAACACAGUUGGUCGUUGUCACAGACAAAAAGGAUAAAGUGAAUGAAAUCAAGUGUUCUCUUCUGAAAGGUUUUGAAAAUGCAGUAAAAUACAGAGAGGAGAAAAUAGAGCAAUCAUUACUGCAAACAUUUUCGGUGGAGGAAAUUGAGAUGAUUUUCUCUGUACUGAAUGAUGACACUGACGUUGGCAUGAUACUGGAUCGGUUGAAUAACUGCAUCAUUAUUGAAGGUUGUGAACAGGAUGUUAUUGAAGUGGCUAUGAAAGUCCAUACCAAUCUCAUGACUGUUGUAACAGCAAGACUUCAGAUGGUAACAAAGGAGAGAGCAGGGCUAUUGGUGCAGUGGGGGUAUUCUGAUGGUACAGAUUCAAACCCUUUCACAGUGGAGGCCAGUCAGUUACUUGAAGAUAGCUACCUGGCCGGGAAACGUGAUGUUGUAAUAGUCAAACUUGGAAAUGGGGUGAAAGCUGUUGUUAACCUGCAAACUAUGAAAGCAGUACUUGAUGAAGCAAUCAAAAGGAAGGUGAAAGUUCUAAGACGAGACUUGAAAGAAGAAACUCAAUGUCCUCUCCACUGGGAUAGUAUGAAUGCACUCUUGAUGCUGGUAGAACUGGAUCCUCACUCUGAGGAAUAUGAAACAGUUAAAUCCAAUUUCAAUAAAACUGUCAACUGUCUUAUUAAGAAGAUUGAAAGAAUCCAGAACACAUAUCAAUACACAGCAUACAUACUGAGGAAACGCUACAUUACAGAGAAAAAUGGUCCAUCCAAUGUAAAUGAGAAAAAUCUUUUCCAUGGCACGGCACCCCAAAACUGUCAUUCAAUCAACUACAGUGGAUUUAAUAGAAGCUUUGCUGGACACAAUGCGGCUUCAUUUGGUAAUGGAGUAUAUUUUGCUGAGAAUGCCAGCUACUCAGCUAAUCAGACCUAUUCUCCUCCGGACCCGAACACUGGAGAGAGGUUUAUAUACCAAGUGAAGGUACUAGUUGGUCGUCACACCAAAGGACAACAAGGAAUGAAACACCCACCUAGCAGAACAGAAAAUGAUCCAUUUGACUACUAUGAUAGUUUAACGGAUAAAGAUACCAAUCCAUCCAUGUUUGUUGUGUUUCACGAUGACCAAGCAUACCCUGAAUACCUAAUUACCUUCACAUAAUUCCUACAUUCUUGGUUGAAACUCAGAAGUAUGAUUGUAACGAGCCCCUUCGCUUGCUCUGUUUCGCUCUCCCGACACUCCCCAGACUUCAGACCGCAAUGUCUGAUUGUUCAGUCAUUCGGUAAUCUGAGAUUCGAACUACAGCUAUGUGCCAUUCAAAUACAGUGGUAUUCGCUCAGCACAAACACCAGGCAGGCUGUAUGUAAGUUCAAACAGGAAUCUCUCAUUUAUUGAAUGCACACAAACCACUUUUAUACACAACAGUUUGAACACCCCGCCCAAACAACCACUUCCUAGUCCUCACUCAGGUCCUCUUGGCCAUGCAAAUAAGGACUUGAAACAGGGUAAGCAGGGAUUGGUCCGAUAGCUUGACUGGGCGGGCGGAUGUGUAUGGCUAUGCAGAGAAGUCCUAGGAGAUAAUUAAGUUACCUAAGCAAACAAACAGAACAAUGCCUUCCUUCCAGAACACAGAGCCGUUUGGAGGGGAUUAUCCUAAAGACAACUGAGAACAAUGAAACAACCACAGAGUGAUUCGAUCCAAAGACAGGGUGGAGGACCCACCACUGUGUAAUAUAAUCAAGUAAACAUGGUUCAGUAUUCCAAGGACCAUGACAAUGAUAUAUGUAUGCAUCAUUGCACUUUUCAAUCAGAAUAUACUAUACUUGACCCUAUGACAAUAUAGAGUAUAUCACAGCUAUAGUAAAGCAUAAUAUGCUUCUUCUUCUCACUAUCCAUGAAUAUACUGAAGUUAUUAUUGACAGCAAUAAAGUAUUUAC